AUUCCCUAUCUCUUUUCUUUUCUCUUCUGAUAUUUUUCAUAGGUGAUCCGGGAGAGGAUGAUGGUUGUGGAUGUGAGCUCAGAAGCACGAAUGUUGAGAGGUUACGAGGAAGGGGACCGGAGGAGGGAGCUCGUUACUAGAGACUUGCUCGGCGGCAACGGAGCAGUGCUUGGAUCCACUGUGGUGGAUCUCGAGCUCAAAGUUCCAGCCGGUUGGGAAAGGCGGCUCGAUCUAUCAUCGGGAAGAACGUACCUCCUGAAGCGCAACCCUGAUCCGGCACCCCGGCGAUACCACGAACUCAACCUCAAGCUCCCUCCGCCAUCCUCCGCCGCACACUUCCUGGAAAUGGAGGCAGCCGCGCCGCCCUCGAGGAACCAGAGCGUGUGCACCCUCGAGCAGGUGAAGUACGCUCUCGAGCGCGCCGGGUGCGAGGAGCGGUCCCCCGCUGCCCGCCGCCCCCGUGGCUCCCCAGCGCCUCACUCCUCGUCGAUCACCACCUCCUCCUCGAACAAACGGAUGAUGAUGGCCGAACGGGAAGAGGGCGCGUCGCCGCCCGGGACGAUGGCGGUCGCCGGGUGCCCGGAAUGCCUUCUCUACGUGCUCGUCUCGGUGGUGGCUCCGCGUUGUCCGAGGUGUGCCGCGCACGUGCCGGUUCACAGCGAACCCAAAAAGAGACCCAAGUUUGACCUCAACACCAUAACGCUACACAAUGACGAGGAUGUUGACUUGAAUUAA